CAUAUCCUCAUAUAAGGCACAGUGAAUUGUAAUACGUUUGUUAAUCUGGUCUUGUCUAACCAAAGGACUUCACUUGCACGUUUCAAGGUGGGUGUUUAUAUCCUGCAUCCCUUCUUAAGAUGAACAGCACAGUUCCUCUGUUCUUGCUGCCUCUGGGGAACAUCACAGUCAACCGAAGUCUGUCCUGUGGAGUUUAUCCCCAACAUGUCUCCAUCAUUGUUUUUCUCCUCCUGGUUUUCCCGGCUGGUUUCUUCCUCAACAUUUUCAGCGUGUGGGUCUUCUGCUGUCGUGUACCACAUUGGAGCUCCUGUACUGUCCUGCAGUUUCAUUUGGCUGUGAGUGAUGCUAUUGUGACACCCGUCGCUCCGUUAAUGGCAGCCUACUUUUUAAUGGGUAGUCAUUGGGUGUUUGGCUCUUUUAUGUGCAAGUUGAAGAUUGCCCUGCUGGUCGUUCACUUCUAUGGCAGCAUCCUGUUCCUCACACUCAUCAGCAUUCAUCGCUACGUGUCAGUUGUCCAGUUUAAAAAGGUAUCCUUGCUGAAACGGAAGGCGUUUGUUCACAAGCUUUGUGCUGGAGUCUGGCUGGUGUUGCUGACGGUAGGGUUCAUGUGUUUUUGCUUCUUAAACACAAGCCAAGUGGGAACAUUCACCCAAUGCCUAAGUAUUCACCAGGAAGGUUACAUCGAGACCUACUUUGUCAUGAACUUUAUUUUGCUCGUCCCUGGUUUCCUAUUGCCUUUCUCAGUUUCAGUGGCCUGUUAUAUUCUGCUAGCAAAAUCAAUGUCUCGUAUUAAUAUCAACACGUCCAAGGGCCGCAGUAUAAAGUUGAAGUCAUUUAAAAUGGUGGCCACGUGUCUGGUAAUAUUCGGAGUGUGCUUUGUGCCUUUGAACAUUAUACGCACUAUAGUUGUUGUGUUAAAAAAGUUUUUUCCAGGACAAUGCGAUCUGCUCCUGCGCAUGGAGACAGCAUACUAUGUCUCCUGGAUUUUGGCUGGCGCAAACUGCUGUUUGGAUCCAUUGAUUUAUUGUUUUGGAUCUCACAAGUUUGUAAUGGCCAUUCAUAAGUCUCUCCGAAAGCAUGUCAUAUACAAUGAAGACCCUGUCAGAAAUGAGCAGAUGAGCGAUGACAAUGCUACUUAUUCUCCCUCCGUCGUCUUAACACAAGAACAACAUGUCCACAUCCAACAUUCAAGCACAUCUUGAAGGAGAAACCUCAUGUAAAACAAAAAAUGACAUAACUGUAAUCAAACAAUGAAAGAGAGUGCACCUAACAUGAUAAGUGUUAUUUAUAGCAUUUGAAUGUGAAUCAUACGUUAGAAGCAAAUGCAGUAUCCUGUAAUGCUAACUGUGAAGUUUCAUAUCCUUCGGUUAAGGGCAGCUCUUUUCUCACUGGUUGUGGUGUUUCAAAGCCCUUCAUUUUAACAGUAUACUAGUAUAUUAACAAUAGCUUAUUGUUUAUCUUCCAUUCCACCUGUAUGUUAACUGACCUGAGAAAAGUGUUACUGUUGUAAUUAUUGAUGUGUAAUCAAAGGGCUUAUCC